AUGUCGAAGAAUCUAUAUUCUAAAGUGGCAUGCGACUCAUCCUAUAAAUUGGUGCAACUCACGCCUGAUCUUCUGGAGGCGUUGCAACGACAUCCAUCUGAAUCACAGUUAGAGUUUAAGGCCCUAGAUGAUGAGAAAUCCGAUGUUGUGAUAUGCUCGAGGGACAAGACGUGGUUGAUAAAGCAGAAGAAUCAUUCGAAUACGGUAAUGUUAAUGCGCGAGUUCAUACCGGAAGCUCAACUAUAUGUGGACGAUGGGUCACUAUUUGGAAUGCCUAGACCUACGGGAGACUUGCUGGGGUUCUGUAGGACGACUUACGAAUACGAGACUCGCUUAACGCCAGGGAGGGUUAAUCUUGACCUUAUUCCAGUGUAUGGCGGUGAACUAGAAUUCCCAGCCGACGAAUCCAAGAUCAAAUGCAGGACAUUGAAAGAUCUCUUGGACAACUCUCCAUCAUCAGAAAUGGAAAGCAGACUGCGAUGGAAUUACUUGGGCGGUUGUGAGAUCAAUGGGUUCCCAUGCAUUCUCUCUAGAGAGUUUAUGACUAAUGCAUUGCAUGUAACACUGAUGAGUGUGUUAGCUGAGUCUCUGGACUUUGAGAGACUCCAUCCUCGUGAGGCGUAUGAAGCUGUUGGUAAAGAUAUGGAAAAGGGAAGAAACCCAUACGUGCAAGAGGUUGUGGAGACAGUUCUGGCCAAAUUUGGCGCUCGAAACGAUGACCAGACGUAUAAACUGAACAAGUCUCAGGUAGCUGGAUGGUAUGGAUUACGAGCUUUACAAAAAUUUGCCUCUUCGCAUAGUCUACCUCUAGAAGAGUUUUUGAUUAAAUGGAAAUCGACAUUCCCGCCUUUCGCACCUUUCGACAUUGACAUUCAAAUGUUAAAAGGUUGGUAUUUCCAGCCGGUCAAGGGGAACAUCCAAUACGUGUCCAAAGAUACUCUGCCGAUGGAAACAAAGGACAGGUUCAAGAUGCUUUUUAAAUUACAAUCCCAAUGGGACUUAGACGCAUUUGAGCCGUUUGUAGAGGAACUGAACACCAAAGGUCUGAAAAUAGAUACAUUCAUCAUGAAAUAUGCACGUAAAAGAAGAGUCGGUAAGAAGGUUGUGGUAAGUAGUCGAUCGUCUUGA